AUGUUCUCUAUGAAUGUUUGUCGCCGGAUGUGCUCGAUCGGUGCAUCGAUCAAUCAACGAGCGGUCUAUCUACAUCAGAACGCGGUUGUUAAACCACACCAGAAGGCCAUUCUGGAAACUUCGGUGAUCCAAGGGAUCCGAUAUCGACAAGCCACCCAAGCAGACCGAGAGCUGCUCCGAGAAGGUUUGAAGAAAUAUUUCUACCCGGAUGAUCCAUUCACAAACUUUCACUAUUCGGGAAGUGCCGUUGAUCCAGACGAUAUGGAAUGUGCCCUCGGAAUUAUCGACACCGGCCUCAUGAUCUUAGCCGUGGAUGAAGAAACGGGAGAGCUGGGAGGCUUCGCCGGGUCAUCCAUAAUUGGACCAGAUGAACCGACCAAAUUCCUCCAACUCGCAUCCGAGGCACAAACGAAAAAGUUUGCGGAUAUCCAUCGACUGCUUGCCCACAUUGCGAUUAAUGCCAGGAUUUGUGAAAGGUUUGGAGUGGAUAAAGCUUACUACUUCAGCGUAACGGGUGUCAAUCCGAAGUUUCGCCGCAAUGCCAUAGCCACCAAGUUGCAGCUGAAACACUUCCAGUUGGCCCAUCUUCAUGGAAUAAAUGUGAUUUGUGUCGAUUGCACCAAUCCGGCAUCUGCUCUGGCUAUAGGAGGCUACGGAAUGGAAUGUGUCUUCACCAUGAAGUAUGCGGAUUUUAAGGAUGACAAUGGCAGGGUGCUAUUUAAUGGCACGGAAAACUGCACGGAGCUGAAGACUUAUGCGAUGAGAAUUUAA